GCCGUCGAUCGCUCGGUCGUAAACAACGACGACGACGAGAAGAAGCAAAGGAGCUGCGAUCUUGGCUCGUUCCAAGCCGCAUUCGAUCCAAGAGGCAACGGCUCAAAGGCUAUACACUGUCGUCGGCACAGGUGAAGGAGGAUAUAGCUGUCGUAGCUGCGAGCUGCGGCAGUCAGCAGCAGCGUCAGGAUUCGUCGACGUCGUCGCUGUCGCCGCACCGUAAGCACAAGAGCAAAAGAGAAGGAGGAGGAGGAGGAGGAGGCUGCGACGAAUCCGAGGACGAGGAAGACCACGAGGCUCAGGCCCGACGCGGCUUGCUGAGCGGCCAACAAGCAGCGGCUACUACAACAGGUGGUGGUGCUGGAGCCGAGAGCGUCAGCGACAGUAGUACUGGGGCCGCUGCAGCCGCAGCCGCUGCCGCUGCUUCGGUACAGGCAGCAGCGGCGAGCGCAGCCGCCGGCGGACUCGCCUGUCUAUCCUGUGUCAUGGGGUGCUUCGGCAGUCAGAGCAGCAAACAGGGCCAGGAUGACAGCAAAAACCAAAAGAGGCGCAGCGACGCCAUCACCAGGCAGCUCCAAAAGGAUAAGCAGGUCUAUCGAGCCACUCAUAGGCUUCUGCUGCUCGGUGCGGGAGAAUCCGGCAAAAGUACAAUCGUCAAGCAGAUGAGAAUACUCCACGUCAAUGGCUUCAGCGAAACAGAAAAACGGCAAAAAAUCGAAGAUAUAAAGAAAAACAUCAGGGAUGCCAUCGUGACGAUAACCAGUGCGAUGAACACAUUGACGCCGCCCGUGACGUUAGAAGAUCCUGCCAAUCAGAGCAGAGUCGACUACGUACUCGACGUCUCAACUUCGCCGGACUUUGAUUAUCCUCCGGAGUUUUACGAAAAGGUGGAGGCGCUUUGGAAGGACCGAGGCGUGCAGCAGAGCUUCGAAAGGAGCAACGAGUAUCAACUCAUCGACUGCGCCAAAUACUUCUUAGACAAAGUAGCCAUCGUAAAGCAAAAAGACUACACACCCACGGAACAAGAUAUACUUAGAUGUCGUGUUUUGACAUCUGGUAUCUUCGAAACGCGAUUUCAAGUGGACAAAGUAAACUUUCACAUGUUCGACGUGGGUGGUCAGCGAGACGAGCGAAGAAAGUGGAUACAAUGCUUCAACGACGUUACAGCCAUUAUAUUUGUGACGGCAUGCAGCAGCUACAAUAUGGUGCUCAGAGAAGAUCCGACCAAGCUUCGCUUAAGGGAGAGUCUCGAUUUAUUCAAAAGUAUCUGGAACAAUCGGUGGCUUCGCACAAUAUCGGUCAUUUUGUUUUUAAACAAACAAGAUCUGCUCGCGGAAAAAAUAAAGGCGGGCAAGCACAAAUUAGAAGACUAUUUUCCUGAUUUCGGCAGGUAUCUCACGCCAACGGAGCCUGGCGUCGCUGCUGAUCCCGGCGAGGCACCCGAAGUCAUUAGGGCCAAGUACUUUAUUAGGGACGAAUUUCUACGCAUAAGCACGGCGAGCGGCGACGGCAAACACUACUGUUAUCCACAUUUUACGUGCGCCGUCGAUACGGAGAACAUCAAGCGAGUAUUCAACGACUGUCGGGACAUCAUUCAGCGAAUGCAUCUCAGGCAAUACGAGCUUUUGUGACUUAUUCGAGCCCCUACACAUCUCAAACGACGUGUUAAAAAUAAUACUAUGAAUUAUUGUCAUUUGGAUUAUGAUUAUGAUGAGCAUCGUAAUCAUCGUCAAAAUGUUGAUAAUUGUUAUACUGUCGGCGAGCUGAUGAUGAAUCCAGAUAGAGUCGAAGCAGCUACAUACUGUCCAACCACGUCGUCGUGGUGGCCAGAAGAUUACUACGACCACUCAUCGUCUACAUUAGCUUUGGUGGCGCUCAAGUACGAUCGUUCAAAACCGUUACUCGAUACCGUCGCACAACCAUCUCCGGAUAAGCACCGAUCAAUCCAAGUCACUCGCAAAUGCGGCCAGUGAUCGUGUGCGCUAACGAUAAUAUUUAUGAAAUUAAAUGAAAUAAAACGCCAUUUUUACCUACUUUCGGGAGGUCCGGGGAGCUUGGGUGGGCUCUCCAUUUUUUCACCUCGUCAAAAAAGCGUACACUCACACAACACACAUCAACAUUAAACAAACUACAUAGCAUAUACGUAUUAUAAAAUAUAUACACACACAUAUUCUUCAUACAUCAUACGGAAAUUUACACGUAUAUAUAAAAAAUGAUUCAUUAUUCAUCGCAAGCGAUGACGACAAAAAAAUUUGUAACGCCAUUUAAUUGAUAUAAACAAAUAUUACAUAAUAAUAACAAUAAACGAUUAUCAUAUGAAAACUCGUCUACUCAACUUGAAAUGAAAAGAAACAAACAAUAAAUUAUAAAAUAAUUAAAUAUUGCAAAGUUAGAGCGUAAAUAAAAAAAUCAGAGUGCGAAUGAAAUAGCUAUUGUACGUAAAUUUAUUAAUUAAUAAUUGGUGAGAAAUAUACGUAUACGUUUGCGAUGUAUUACUUAUACGAUUAUUCCAAGGGUAAUCGCUUAGACUUAUAUGCGUACAAGAAAAAAGAUUGAAAUUAAUAAAUUAUAAAACACAGGUAAAAAGAACAGCAAUGAAAUAUUGUAAUAGUUUAAUAUUUAGUGGGCCACGUUUCAUCUUGGAUGCUGAUGUAUCAUGAUACAUGCAUCUAAAUACGUAUAAAUACAUUUUAAUGACAGGCAAGAAGUUAUAUUGAACGUAUGAACCUACUAAAACAAUCAACACUGUCGGAUAUUAUUUUUUCUCAUUUAUUUACACGAUUAAUAAACAGUACACAGUCGAAGCAGAGAUAUGUAUAGCAUGUUCAAACAAAUAACAAUUUGUCCGUCAUAUCGCGUUUGAAAAUGCGAGUCUUGGCUAAAUAUGAUAAAUUUGUAUAGUCGUUUAGAUAAAGUCCAAACGAGAAAAACGAAUUUUCAGCGAACUUUUCUCGACAUUUUGCACAUUACGCAUGGAAAAUGAAGGAAAAUUUUUGGAGUCGAAGUGUGUGAUGAUCUCUUUUUAUAUGUAAAAAAUGAUAUUGCCCGUGUCUGUACCUUACUCACCUCCAGGAGAGUGAAAAUUCUUUUUGAGAAAUGUUAUCAUUGCAAUAUUCAUUCGAGGAUAACUCGAACGCCUUCAUUCUCAUUGCGUACUUGGUUGCAUUGUAAAAAUCAAAGUCUUUUUUUUACAUUUAUUGUGAAUCUUUUUUACUUGUUGGAAAAGUUUUAAACGUGCACUAAAUAAAUACCAGAUUGAUAUUCUUCUGCGA